AUGGCCGCCGUCCCCCCAAUGCCCUUCGCGGUACCACCUCUGCCCCCCGGAUGGACAGAGCACAUCAGCCCGACCGGCCAGCCGUACUACUUCAACGCGCAGACCUCCGAGUCGACCUACACCCGCCCGCUCCCCGCGUUCCCCAUCGUCCCUGGGCAGACCCUCCCCCCACCGGUCGCGAAGAAGGCGAAGAAGGAGAAGCCGCUCGUGAAGACCCCCGUGCCGGGCACGCCGUGGCUGCGCGUGCUGACGACGGAGGGGAACACGUUCUACACGCACACGGGCGAGAAGCGGAGCGUGUGGGGCGUGCCGGACGAGAUCGCGGACGCGGUCGCGCGGCUCGAGCGCGAGGAGGCGGAGCGGCGGGCGGAGGCGGCGCGGAACGCGCAGGAGGAGGCGGCGGAGCGGGCGCUGAAGGCGGCGAGGGAGGGGAAGCGGAAGGCGGAGGAGGUCGUGCUGGUGGACGAGGUCGUGGUGACGAAGAAGGCGAAGGUGGGCGGGGAGGAGGAGGAAGAGGAGGAAUAUGGGGACGAGGAUGAAGACGAAGACGACGAAGAGAGUGAGGAGGAGGAGGAGUGGCAGAAGGAGGCGGCCGCGCAACUGGCCGCCGAGGCGGAGGAAGAGGAGAAGAGGCGGGCGGAGGAGAAGGCGCGUGAAGAGGAGGAAGCCCGCAAGCUCAAGGAGGCAGAAAAGCAAAAAGGGAACGCGCAGCUCAACAUGCCAAACCGUGUGGAUCUGUCUCUUGACGAGGCGAAGGCGCUGUUCAAGACUCUGCUGCGCGAGAAGAACGUUAACCCUCUUCACCCAUGGGACACGUCGCUCCCUCUCUUCGUCUCGGACCCCCGUUACGUCCUCCUGCCCUCUGUCUCCGCAAGACGCGAGGCGUUUGAUGAAUACUGCCGUGACCGGGCGCGGGAGCUCCGACAGUCGAAGGUCAAGGUAGACAAAGAGACACUAGAUCCGAAGCAAGAAUUUGACAAGCUCCUGAAAGAGGAGGUGACGAGCACACGCACAAGCUGGACCGAGUGGAGGAGGCAAUGGAAGAAAGACCGCCGGUUCUAUGGAUGGGGCCGUGACGACAGAGAGCGCGAGAGGCGAUUCAGGGACUUCCUCAAGGAGCUGGGAGAGCGGAAACGGGCCGCGGCACAGAAGGCGGAGGCGGACUUCUUUGCGCUGCUACGAGAAAGCGGGUUGGCUAAGCCCGGUGCGGUGUGGAAAGAGGUCAAGAAGCCUCUUGUGUCGGACCCUCGGUAUGACGCAGUGGGCUCUUCCUCAUUACGAGAAGAGCUUUUCAAUACGUUCCUGAAAGCGGGCGUCAACGACGCCACUGCUGACGGAAACUCAUCAACUCCUGCUCCACAACAGAAGGGCGGCCAAGAUGGGGAAACUGAAGGAGAACGUGAACGACGUCACACGGAGAAGAAGGAACGUGCGGUCAAAGAACGAGAGGACAAAGUGCGGGCUGAGAGGGGCAAGGUCGAAGCCGAUAUCGACCGCUCCAAGAUGGGCCUAACAAGGGAGGAAGGAGAGUUGCAUUUCCGGACUAUGCUGGUGGACGCGAUACGGGACCCAACGGUUACCUGGGACUCGGUACAGCCACAGCUGAGCAAGGACCCGCGGUUCACCAACUCGCCACUAUCGCGAAACCAACAAGUGCACCUCUUCCAUUCGCACGUUGAUGUGCUGCGCGCAAAACAGUUGUCUGGACUGCACGCGUUGUUCGCGUCGCACAGUCCAGCCCUAGACACGCCGUUCACCGCCCUGCCUGUCGCGUCGCUGAUGUCUUCACCGCCGGUCACAAAGCUGGGGUACGAGAUUGAUGAGGUCGAGAGGGAGUUCGACAAAUGGCAGAGGGAGCGCACGCACGAAGCGCGUUUGGCGUUUGACCAGAUGCUGGGCGAGAACUCGUUUGUGGAGUUCUGGGGUCGUCUGGGGAAGAUCGGGGGCAAGGGCGUCGAUGCGAGUAUAAAGUACGAUGAUAUCGGGGAAGACAACGAGGAAGACCAGGUGGACAUGAAGACACUGGCGAAGAGCGUCGACCUGAAGGAGAUCGUGAAGAACGACAGGAGGUAUCUCGUAUUCGACCAUGCGCCGGAGCAGCGCGAGCGCUGGCUGAGGGAUUACCUCUCCCAACUGUCGGCGCCCAAGCUGUCUGUCCACGCGCCGGAAAAGUAG